AAACUGUUGCUCACUGGUGAAUUCCAUCUGUAAGCAAAUGACGAGACUCCUUCUGUAUUUUUUGUUAGAGUACAAUAAUUGCUAGCCAGCAGGAGUGAUAAUAAAGAGAAAAAAAAAUCUUUGAUUCUUUUUAUCACCCAGAUGCAAAGAGAAAUGAGUGCCAUCGUAAACACAUUAGAUAAAAUGGAUAUUGCGAAUGAGUCUGUGAUUGAUUCUCAGCCUUCCAAAGUUACCGUGCCUUUUAGCAGCUUCAUUUUUUUCUCGUGUAGAUUUGAUAUUGAAUCCAUAUUUCUCUGAUCGGUGUGUAACUUCAUUGCCCGUUCCUCUUCAUGGGUGAGGAAACUGGUUAGUGGGUCAUGUGAGCAGCUGUAUUGGGAGAGACGUUUUGCAGUUUAGGCACCACCAGUGUCACCAGCGUUCUGCUCAGCGAUGUCACUGAGGGUGUUUUGGUGAACAAAGAUGACGGUCAUACUCACCACUGGGCUCGGUCUUGCGCAAACUCGCACACAAAACUGAUUAAAAAAGGCUUGGAGACCCAAUAAAUCAGCCAGCAUUGAGUCUGGGCCGAGUGCUGCUGAUGAUAUAUAGAGCCCACAGAAAUAGGCCAUCACUGAGCCCAUUCUUUCUGACCUGCACCGGUUAAUGGCUUUCAGAUCUCCUGCUGCCUGUGUAACUCUUCCUCUGUGAGCAGGUUUGUCUUUGCUACCUUACAGCUGUUAUCUUUCCCCUAAAUCUUCCCCCCUGCUCACUGCUGCUUCCUUAUGAAGUUUGUUAACAAUAGGCCCACGCCGUCGCUGGUUCAUAUCUGGAUAUCUGAAGUAGAAAGCAGGAAGAGAGAUGGACGGAGCGAGGAAGAGGAAGGUCAAGACGCGGCAGGAAGAGGCAAUGACUUCUACUGUUCUGCUGCCAGAAGUAUCAAGUGAGCUCAGUGAGGCGGAAUAAUUUCACUUAAGUGUGCUGACUGGAUAUGCCUUUUCAAGGAAACUGUGAUGGACACUCGGGUCGCCACAGCGGAACUUGGCUGGACAGCAUAUCCCAACUCGGGGUGGGAGGAGGUGAGCGGCUAUGAUGAGAACCUCAACACCAUCCGGACCUACCAGGUGUGCAACGUCUUUGACCCCAGCCAGAACAACUGGCUGCUCACCACCUUCAUCGAUCGGCGAGGAGCCCAGCGCAUCUACGUGGAGAUCCGAUUCACUGUGCGCGACUGCAGCUCCAUUCCGAACGUCCCCGGCUCCUGCAAGGAGACGUUUAAUCUCUACUACUACGAAACAGACGCAGUCAUAGCCACCAAAGGCACAGCUUUCUGGAUGGAGGCUCCUUAUCUCAAAGUGGACACCAUCGCCGCGGAUGAAAGCUUCUCACAGGUGGACUUUGGAGGAAGGCUGAUGAAGGUCAACACUGAAGUCAGGAGCUUUGGUCCGCUCUCCAAAAAUGGCUUCUACUUAGCCUUCCAGGACUACGGCGCCUGCAUGUCUUUGCUGUCUGUCAGGGUGUUUUAUAAAAAGUGCCCCAGCGUUGUGCAGAACUUUGCACUAUUUCCAGAAACGAUGACGGGAGCUGAAAGCACCUCGCUGGUCAUCGCCAGAGGAAUGUGCAUUCCCAACUCGGAGGAAGUGGAUGUUCCGAUUAAACUGUACUGCAAUGGAGACGGGGAGUGGAUGGUCCCGAUCGGGAGCUGCACGUGCAAGGCAGGAUUUGAACCUGACAAUGGGAACAUCUGCCGAGCAUGUCCACCGGGCACUUUCAAGUCCACUCAGGGUCCAGGCCUGUGUCUUCAGUGUCCGCCGAACAGCCGCUCCACAGCUGAGGCUGCCACCAUCUGCGUGUGCCGCAACGGCUACUACCGUGGGGACGCCGACCAGCCAGAUGAGCCCUGCACCAGUGUCCCCUCCAGCCCACGGAACGUCAUCUCCAUCGUCAACGAAACCUCCGUGAUCCUGGAGUGGCAUUCUCCCAGGGAGACGGGCGGCCGCGAUGACGUGGUCUACAACAUCGUGUGCAAGAAGUGCCGGGCCGACCGUCGCUCCUGCUCCCACUGCGACGACAACGUGGACUUUGUGCCGCGACAGCUUGGCCUGACGGAGACCAGGGUGUUCAUCAGCAACCUGUUGGCUCACACGCUGUACAGCUUUGAGAUCCAGGCGGUGAACGGCGUCAGCAACAAGAGUCCGUACACUGCGCAGCAUGUCUCGAUUGACAUCACCACCAACCAGGCUGCUCCUUCCAUAGUUCCCAUCAUGCACCAGAUCAGCUCCACAAUGAACAGCUUCACCCUGUCGUGGCCACAGCCUGAGCAGCCCAAUGGGAUCAUUCUGGACUACGAGCUACGCUACUACGAGAAGGACCACGCAGAGAUUAAUUCCACCAUCCUGCGGAGCCAGACCAACACAGCGCGCGUGGAGGGUCUCAGGUCGGGAACAGUCUAUGUGGUACAGGUGCGAGCGAGGACCGUGGCUGGCUUUGGCAAAUACAGCAGCAAGAUGUGCUUCCAAACCCUCACAGAUGAUGACUUCAAAUCAGAGUUGAGGGACCAGCUCCCUCUCAUUGCUGGCUCUGCAGCUGCCGGUGUGGUCUUCAUCGUUUCACUGGUCGCCAUCUCCAUUGUGUGCAGCAGGAAAAGGGCAUACACCAAGGAGGCAGUUUACAGUGACAAGCUGCAGCACUACAGCACGGGGCGAGAACUCUCUUUGCGAGCCGACAUGUCUAACUGCCCCUCCCCGCUGGGCUGCCCGACCCACUUCUCAGGCUCCCCGGGGAUGAAGAUCUACAUUGACCCGUUCACCUACGAGGAUCCGAAUGAGGCCGUCCACGAGUUUGCCAAGGAGAUUGACGUGUCCACUGUGAAGAUCGAAGAGGUCAUCGGAGCAGGCGAGUUUGGCGAGGUCUACAAAGGCCGCCUGAAGCUGCCCGGCAAGAGGGAGAUCUACGUGGCCAUCAAGACUCUAAAGGCGGGCUACGUGGAGAAGCAGAGGCGGGACUUCCUGGCUGAAGCGUCCAUCAUGGGUCAGUUUGACCACCCCAACAUCAUCCGUCUGGAGGGAGUCGUCACCAAGAGCCGCCCGGUCAUGAUCGUCACCGAGUUCAUGGAGAACGGCGCCCUGGACUCCUUCCUCCGGCAAAACGACGGCCAGUUCACCGUCAUCCAGUUGGUGGGAAUGAUGCGUGGCAUCUCUGCUGGGAUGAAGUAUCUGUCCGAAAUGAACUACGUGCAUCGGGACUUGGCUGCGCGCAACAUUUUGGUCAACAGCAACUUGGUGUGCAAAGUGUCCGAUUUUGGUCUGUCGCGCUACCUCCAGGAAGACACGUCGGACCCCAGCUACACCAGCUCUCUGGGCGGUAAAAUCCCCGUCAGGUGGACGGCACCCGAGGCCAUCGCCUACAGAAAAUUCACCUCCGCCAGCGACGUGUGGAGCUACGGCAUCGUGAUGUGGGAGGUCAUGUCGUUCGGAGAGAGGCCCUACUGGGACAUGUCGAACCAGGACGUGAUCAACGCCAUUGAGCAGGACUACCGUCUGCCGCCGCCCAUGGACUGUCCCAGCGCCCUGCACCAGCUGAUGCUGGACUGCUGGCAGAAGGACCGCAACGUACGACCCCGAUUCACCGACAUCGUCGGCACCCUGGACAAGAUGAUCCGCAACCCGACCAGUCUGAAAACCGUAGCCAACAUUCCUGCCGUGCCUUCCCAGCCGCUGUUGGACCGAUCCAUACCUGACUUCAACACUUUCAGCUCAGUGGAGGACUGGCUCGCCGCCAUCAAGAUGAGCCAAUACAGAGACAACUUCCUCAACUCAGGCUUCACCUCUCUGCAGCUGGUAGCUCAGAUGACCUCAGAGGACCUGUUGAGAAUAGGGGUAACACUGGCAGGCCACCAAAAGAAGAUCCUCAGCAACAUCCAGUCCAUGAGGGUGCAGAUGAGCCAGUCGCCGACCACCUUAGCAUGACUACAAGAGGCGGCGUCCCAGGGAACGGGCAGCAUUCGUCGGAGCCAAAACCCAGGCAGCCUCCGAAUGACCCCCGAUCCGUCGGAACGCGCCAGAGUGGAGACUAUUGUCUUAAUCUAAUCUUCUACCACGACAACAGGAGACCAGGGUCUACACCACUGCAUAUUUAAAAGCUCCCAUCCACAUCAGGAGUUCAGGGUCAAGACUUAAAACUGUUCCGUGAAAAGCAAAGACAGUCGUGUUGCUGUGGCAACAGCGUGGCAUUGUGAGCCGGAACUAUCACACGCAACAACACUGGAAUAUCUCACAGACAGUGUGGUGACAUGAGUAGUAUUAUACUUCUAUAUUAUCUGGACACAGUGUUAGAAUUCUUAACAAGAGGUGUGAGGCAUCUAGAAACAACAACGUGUGUGAUUUUACUCAUAAAUGUCGUCAGUGUGUGCAAUGAAGAUGCCUUGACCUGGCCACCCAGUAGGAGUUUUCGUCGGGACAAGAAUACAGGGAUGUACAGCGGAGCACCAUAUCUCACGCCAACAUUGUAAAUGGAAAUACAGAGCUUAGUUCUAUUUUUGUCUCUUAACCAUCCGUUUGUUAGGUUGAUCACGCUAGCAAGAAGCAGCCCACUUGGACAUGAACCUAAACACUACCUGUGUGGUCCCGGGUGCCGCCACUUGUCACCCGGCCCAGAUAUAAAUAUCUUUAUCUCUUGCUAAAUAUAACUCUAUAUUUCAUAAUAAACCUUCAUAUUGAAGGUGACAUGUAUGAUGAUGUAUGUACAGAACUCUGCUUGCAUUUUUUUGCAAAGACUUGUGGAUAGGUAGAUGAGGGGUGACUUGUAACCGAGUUCUGGAUAGAGCUUUACUUGCAGAGCGUCACAAGUUGGACUUUUAAAGCUUAGGACAACAACUUGCUUGUAAAGUUUAAAGUACUCGGCCCGUUUCAUGAGCUGUAGCUGCUCACCACGCCUCCAUGUCUUCUCAUUGUGUGGCAUCCCUAAGAUGCCAGACGCUGAUCAUGUUCGAAGGUGUUGUCCUAAACUUUUUGCCCCACUGGACAUGUUGUAGGGGCCAAACCAACCACAGAGUACCACAUGAUAGAGAUCUUGUUAUAUGUGAGUGUACACGACAUGUGUCUAGCUGGUGAGCACUUGUGCAGAUCUGUGUUCCGUUUCCUUUCCUUUCUUUCUGAUGUUUGUGUUGGAAGAGCUCGGCGCCACCCAGAGGGGGAGGAGACGCGGCGCCAUGGCACGCUCCCAUUCACAACUCCUCAAUAGAUUCCCUGGUGUGAUCCACAAAAACCCCACAAACAAAGUUGCAUGAAGACUCAAAUGGAGCCUCUUACCAAACAAAAAUGGAGUGACCAAGGCCCCCGUUUUGGAAUUCUAUCAGUGCCAUGCAACAGAGGAGGAGCCGUCCACGGUCGUGCACAUUGUCAUAGUUUCUUUGUGUGUGUGUGCGAGAGAGAGAAAGAAUGUGAGGAAAUCUGCGCGUACUAAGACAAGGCACCGGUACAUUAUUUAAGAAUGUGAAUAGUUUCUUUGCUUUAUUUUGUCUCCCCUUGUUCCUGUAUAGCUACCACUUGUAAAUUGUGACAUGUACUUGUCCAGAGUUUGUAAACUGUAACUUUCUGAGAACUAUUGUACUAAAAUGCACUCAAUAAACG